CGGCGCACCAGCGGGACAGUCCGGCUGCACCACCGGCUCCCUCCGACCCGACGAACUUUCAAAUAUAUAUUUCUGUUGGAAAGAUAAUUAAACCGGAGUCAACUCCUCUCCAUUUCCUCGUGUCGCAGUUUCCUGAGGAAUCAGUUUGACUGAACCACUGGUCCAGCCCACCAGAGCUGGAGCAGCCAAGCCUUGCUCCAGAAGAGAAGCACCCAACCGGGGGUAACAGAGACGAUGAAGGAUUAGGGGAUAAUCCAGGAUGGUUCCAUGGUGCGACCACAGAACUGUUUGCAGCUGGACUCGGACCUAUUUCUGAGCUCAUGUCGACAAAGCCAAAGCCCAAAGCAAGUGGGGGAAACCAGGCGACCUGACCACACUCCAACUGGCUCGGCUGCUUCCAGGAACACAACUGCAUAGUGUUCUCCUCAAUUUAUGUCCGUUUAAUUCAGCCAGCUAUGCAUAACAACAAGCUACAAAGAGUGGGACAGAUUUUGGCUUGCACAUGAUAAACAGAGAUAAUAUUCCAGUGAACUAUUUGGCGCUGCAGGCCUGGAGUUCAACUCUUCAGCCGUAGAAAUUACAUGGUUUCAAGAUCUUGGAAUAACCUUGGAGAGCUUGAUUUUGGCAUAAAUCUAAGAGGAGAAAAGUUGAACUUUAUAGUUCAGUUUUGCCAUUCAGUGGGAUUAAAGGCAAUUUCAGACAUUGUUUGAGGUGUAUUUUGAAGAAAUAAAAAGCCAUUCACUUUUCGUGACCAUGAAUCUUCAGGAAAAGCUCUCAGGCCUUAAAGGUCUUGUCUCUCAUAGCAAGCGCCGCUUUAAAGGCGACCUCACGGUGGACAUGAUCAGCCCCCCUCUGGGUGACUUCCGCCACACCAUGCACGUUGGCCGUGGCGGCGAUGUGUUCGGGGACACCUCCUUCCUCAGCAACCAUGGCGGGACAGCCAACGGGAACAACGCGGAAACGGAUUCUAUCUCCAACCCUGACAACAAGAUCGGGGCGUUCUUCUCCAGGACCAUCCGUCAAAUCAGGAGGAGCUCAGACAACCGACCCAGAGAAGGAUCCAAGGAUCUGUCGCCGCCGCCUCCCGCCGUUUCUCCCAUAAUCAAGAACGCCAUCUCCCUCCCCAGGCUGGAUGUGGAUAUGCCCAAUGGGAGUCCCACUACCAAAGUGCUCUUCCCCAGUUCUCAAAGCACUCCAGAGGAGAAGAAAAGCUCUUAUGGGCUGGAGUCUGGUUUCGUCACUCUGCCUCGCCUCUCCCGCUCUGAGCGUCAGCAGCCCUCCAUCUCCAUCCCCAUCUCCUGCUCCCCUGGCAUCCACCGCGGCUCUCUGACCGACCCCACUGAUGCCAUCUUAUCCACCUGCUCUGCCUCGAUUGUGACCUCCGACCCCAAACCCACUACCACCGCCUACUCUGACUCCCUUCCCUCCCUCACCUCCCUGGACACCUUCACCUUUGACCUCGGCCCCUCCCUCAUGAGUGAGGUUUUUGGGCUAAUCGACAGCCAACCAGAGGAGCAUAGCCACGCCUGGGAGGGAGAAGAGUUGGGGUCAGCAUGCGGGUUGACCAACGAUGGAUCGGAGAUGGACUCAGCCACUAUCUCAUACGUGGAUUCCCUGCUGAAGGAGGACUGCGGGGGCAGGAAGAGCCCGCACGGGGCCGAAUGGGAUGAGGAGGGGGGUAGUGUGACGGAGGUGAACGGAGUCGGGCUUUCUGUUAAAGUACCUGAUGUUGUGAUGGGCUCACCUGAGCGGGUGAGGUUAGGGAUGGCGAUGGAGAGUGAGCGGUUCCAGAGCGCCACAGAUGUGCUUGCACGCCAUUAUGGGGUCAGCGGCCUCUUAAAGGGACAGAGCAGGAUGGAGGCUGCUGAUUCAGAGAGGAUGACCGUCAGCCAGCCACAGAAGAAAAUGUCCUACAGUUACAUGGAUGAUGAGGAUGAAAUCAAGGUCUAAGCUGAGGAAAUUGGAGAAGUUUUGACACUUAACUAAAAAAUCUUUUUCUGAUGUAUGAUUCCUCUUUAGUUCCAAUCAAUCAUCUAAAAUCUUAUUAUGGUCAAUGAGGCUGGCUCGGUGGAACCCUUUCUUUUAUGCAAUGACACUGCAAGGAUAUACAAUUUUGAUGCAAACCUGUUUCUGAAUGUAUCUAAAAGAAGUGAAAGACUCUUCCAAGCUCCGCACAAAAAGACAAACAGCUUCUUUUUAAAAGGUUAUGACUCAAACAAAGAGGAGGCAUAGAAAGUGAGGAUGUACCAGAGAAUGUGGUCAGAUCGCAAGCGACUCAAAGGAAACACCAACAUUACUCAAUGUAGAAGUUGUAAGGCUUGUAAUUCACUUUAUGCUUCACACACUUCUUCUCAUAUGAGAGGAAAAUAUUCUCAGCGCAAGUCCAUGUCACUAAAGAAGAGGAUGUGGGGAGAUUUAAACUAAUUCCAACCUUUUGGCAUCACUACAAUCUCUUGUCAACUUUUCACUCAGGAAUACACUAACAAGAAAGAAAAAGGGAAGAUUAUUAACGAGAGAUCUGGAAUCUCAGGAUUUGUUAAUAGAUAGAUAGACCAGGAAAAUGCAAACAUCUCAGUUAUUAAACUACACGGACUGAGGGAAUAUGACAAGUAAUACCGGUAUUUGCUAGUUGCAACUAAAGGCUGAACCAUAUAAAUGUUCAUUUUAUGCUGCAGACCUUCUAUAUAAAUACUCUGUGCACCUUUUAUGAUUAUGAAGUCUGACUCCUGUAUGGCUUUUUAUAGAAGAAUCCUCAUUUAUAUGUUCUUUUAUACAAAUGUACAUAAAGAUAUCAACUGACCUCCUAUAAAUAUGCACCUUCAGUACAUAGUGCAGUUCACAUCCAUAUGCUGCAGUCAAUACCAAUGAUAUACUAUGAUGUUAUAAAUUGACAAUAAAUAUGUUUUUAAAUA